UUUGUCUUUCAUCGUUCAUCCGUGUUGGACUCCAAUAGGGGAGGAGACUACUACUCAAAGUGGCACCAACACCAAUACUGGAUGGCAAAGAGUAAAACAGGACCCCCGUACACAGGUCGCAAUGCAGAAUAUGUCGUCGUCACCACCCCGUGGGGGAUGGAUCGCGUCCCCAGGAGUCGCGUCUCGCAGGACUUUAAUAACCUGGCGGCGUGGGUCCAGCUUAUCCUCCAGGACAAAGAUAUACACGCGCAGGUUGAGCUUAUAUUUAGUAUGGGGACAAGAGAUGAAGUCAUUGUCCAACUCCCACUCGGGACAGAUAUUCAGCCACUUCUUGGGGAGCAUAAGUAUGCAAUUAUUUCAAAGAAGUGGGAUGGGAAUCCAAACGAUGAUAAAGCGUCCUGUUUCUUUGAAUACAAUUUUCGCAACAACGGUGACCCCGGUAAUCAUAACUGGGCAGAAGUAUGUCCUGACGUUACUCCAGAGCUUGUACCUCCUGCAAAGUCCCCUUACCCGGAACCAGGCUGGGCUGAGCCCCCUCGCUCCAUUCGCAGUCUCGUCCUUCCAAUACCGCCUAGACCGCUGCUACCUACCCCAGAAGCUGAACCAGCACUAAUACCUGCUCCAACACCAAUACCUGUCCCUGUAUUAGAAAAAACACAUCCACCUCUCGUUCCUCCGCCUGCAGCACCUGCUAAUAUCACUCCUGCAUUCAAACCUUACGAGCCCCCUAUGCAACACCCUGCUCACGGAAUGUUCAUUAACCAAACAAAUCAGCCAAAGAGCCCUUCUGCGGACCGGCAAAGCCAUCAGCCAACUCCAGCCAAAGGUGAACAUGUCCCAGCCCCGAAAAUCCUGAAAAAGCUAGAUCCCUACCAGGAAGAGGAAGACGCUCUGGCACUCUUGCAAACAUCUCCACGAGAUUCUCAAAGUGACUCCAAGCCCGUCAAACUUGAACACGUCAAAAGAGAUUUGACGCAGGAAGAAGACGACCCAUCUCCGCAACUAAUAGAAGCGUUCAACAGUUUGAUACAGAAGCAGAACGAGGAACAGAAAGUUGGAUCGAGCAACGGACCACUGCCAGGGCCUUCAGCUUCCUAUCCGCAAUCUGCAGUGCAUAUGGACGCAGUUGAAAAUACAAUCCUGGAGCGGAAUCUCGAUAACAAGCUUUUCACCAAGAGCGGCCCUCAGCGUCUGCAAGACUCUCUGCAGAAGCCUCUAUAUCGGCCACCUGCCGAGUUGACGAGUGCAAUUAACGAUCUACAUCAGCAGAGUACAGCCAGCGAAGACGAGCAGAAGCCGGUUCCGGACCCACCACCGCAAAACAAGAGGAAAAAUAUGGACGGAAGACAUUCAGUGACGAAAAAGAUCAAGUUGGAAGAGGCAUAGAGUGUACUUUUGAAUCAGACUACCAUUUACCCAUCCAUGCUAUCAACCACUGUCUUCAGCGCAACUUUCGGCCU